CUUUUUUAUGACAAAUCAAUAACAAAACGCUGGUUAAAACCUGCAAAAAAUGCGAGUAAAAAUGGUCUUCAUCUUCAUAGUACGUUAAAAACGAAGAAAUGGCUGUGUAGACAACGUGCAUUGUUCUCCUGAAUGUAUACGACGUCCACAUGUCUGCUCUAUACACCUGCCUGUGCCUGUACGUCUCGUCUCCAUCUUCCUCUUUCGUUAUCUAUACACCAUUUUACAACAGCAACCUUUUACUUCGUAGAAUAGUCGAAAUGAUCUGAUGGGUUUUUCCUCUUUCUUUUUGUACUGUUCACAUCUCUACCGCGAUCACUUGUUAUGAUCAAAUUAAUUUUCUAAAUUGCAGUUUUUUGCCAAAAUCUAAGCGUUUUCUGCGCUUUUUAAUAUAAGCCCAAUAAGUUUUCCUUAAAUUCUUCCAUUUUUACAGAAAACACAGUUUCUAAAAAAUAUAUAUUUCAGACUUACCGGUGUUGUUCUUUCUCCGCUGUACAAUUUACCAUCUUAAUAAAUGGACUGUAGAUAUAUCAUCCGUAAUUUUUCGGUUAUAUAUACUGGAAGAGCGCCGUAAUGAACAAAAAAAAUUUCAUUCUCUUGAAAAACAUCUUUAUUUGCAUGCAGAAGAUUUCACUCUCCCUUUGAAAACAUCUCAUUUUCAGGAAAUUCUUUCAUAAAUUUCACUCUCCCUUUGUACAAUAUCUCCAUUUCUUUUUUCUACUCGUCUGUCUAUUUCUACAGUGCUUGUUCAGAAAAUGUAUAUAAGAUGCGUUCAUUCCAAUAGCAAUCACCAUUUCACUAUCAUUUACUGAUAAAGAUAAUUCGAAACGCAUAUAUAUAUUCUCCUGUACGUUCUCUUUUUAUUUCUCUUUUCGUUUUUGUUUGUUAUUUUUAAAAAAAUCCGGUAAGUCGUUUUUUGUUUUCUUUCUGCUUGUAUUUUCGCCUCCUUCAUUUUUUAUUAUUAAUUGUCAAACACCCGUACAACUUGAACAACUGAAAAUGCAUAGUGACGUAUGAUGUUCUACGUUAUGGACAUAGUGAAACUUAGCCUACUUCUACUCGUGUAUGAAGUGGACAGAUAUAUGUGGAAGAAUCUGUAUAUAUUUUCUUAAUCCAUUGAUGAUGCUAUUUGUAUGACUUUAUUAUUUAGGUGCCAUUUUCCUAUUUGCUCGAGAUAUGAGUUUGACAGAUAGAUUCAAUUUUAUUGAUAAUCACCAUGUUCAAGUCCCAGAAUGGAACAAUAGCGUUAUGUCUGUAGUACCACAAGGUCAUAUAUCACAUUCAGAAGAUUUUAUAGCAACGGAUGGUUUGGCAAGUUGUCUCGGUAUUAUAGUUUACUUCACGAUCGAGGGAAAACAACAAUGUAUUCUCUCGCACCAACACGUUGGUAUAAUGCGACCAUAUCCCAACAAAUAUGAUGCUAUCACGGAAUUAAUGGAAAUUGCUAGUAAUAAUGGCACAACGGUAAAACCCGAAUACGAUCUUCAGGGUAUAGAAGCAGUAAACGAUUAUGUCUGUUAUUACAUCUCGAUUGUGUUAAAUGAUCGUUCAUUAUUACAAGCUAUCAUAAAUCAAGUAUGUAUCGUGGGACCGUAUGGCUCAGAUGACACUUUCGGCAUGAUCACUGCUGCAGCAUCUGUCGCUGUCAAUGUAUCCAGACAGAUGUGCAUAGUCCAAUAUAAAUUUUUCAACAUUCCUCCUGAAUAUGUAUUUCAUUCACAAACAUUAAUUUUUGAUCAAGAUGAUCGGCUAGAUGUAUUCGAAGAUUAUGAUAUCGAAGCGAUUAAAUAUAUGAUGAAAAUACUUGUAGCAACAGAUCAAGAUACCAUCGAGUCAUUCGGAAAAACUUUAUUGAGACUCGAAGCCGCUGUUGAUGAUAAUCGAGUUAUUCAUCAUCGUUCAACAAUUAUUUCUGAAUAUCUGAAUUUGUUGUACGGUGAAAUAGAGAUAAUGUUUAACAAUGCACCUUCGAGAACAAUAUCAGACGAUAUGAACGGAACCGGGCAGAGCACAAUGAAAUAA